UGCGAAAGUACGCAGCCAUCUGUCUGUGCGGCAUUUUGCACCGAAUAGAAGCGCCGAUUUUGAAGCCACAAACCGAGUCGUCGUGCUGCUGAGCAGAUUUCCUGUAAACGUGUCGGAUCGACAUAAAGAAGCUAGGAAGUAAAACGGAGCAGCUAGCCCCUGUUACCCUUCCACCAUCUCGAUAGUUUUUCUUGUUCCCGAUUACUGUGAGUCUGCAUUUUGGCGGGCGAAUCCUUUCGAUAAAUCUUUUCUAUUGAAUUUAAAGUCAGAUAGCUAAUCACUAUGGGAGAUCGCGGCGAUGGAGCCGAAGCCUUCGACGAUGCCGUUGAGGAGCGCGUCAUCAACGAGGAGUACAAGGUGUGGAAGAAGAACACCCCGUUCCUGUACGAUCUGGUGAUGACCCACGCGCUGGAGUGGCCCUCUUUGACUGCCCAAUGGUUGCCGGACGUGACCAAACCGGAGGGCAAGGACUACUCGGUCCAUCGCUUGAUCCUGGGUACGCAUACGUCGGACGAGCAGAAUCACCUGCUGAUUGCCAGCGUUCAGUUGCCGAAUGAAGACGCCCAGUUCGACGCCAGUCACUACGACAACGAGAAGGGCGAGUUCGGAGGGUUUGGAUCUGUUUCCGGCAAGAUUGAAAUUGAAAUCAAGAUCAACCACGAGGGCGAAGUGAACCGGGCUCGGUACAUGCCCCAGAAUCCGUGCGUCAUUGCCACCAAAACCCCAUCGAGCGAUGUGUUGGUCUUCGACUACACGAAGCACCCGAGCAAGCCUGAACCAAGUGGCGAAUGCCAUCCGGAUCUACGCCUUCGAGGCCACCAGAAGGAAGGUUAUGGCCUGUCUUGGAAUCCGAAUCUGAACGGUUAUCUUUUGUCGGCUAGCGAUGAUCACACGAUCUGCCUGUGGGAUAUCAACGCUACUCCCAAAGAACAUCGCAUUAUCGAUGCCAAGAAUAUUUUCACCGGCCACACUGCCGUUGUUGAGGACGUAGCUUGGCAUUUGCUGCAUGAGUCUCUUUUUGGAUCGGUAGCCGACGAUCAAAAACUCAUGAUCUGGGACACUCGCUGUAACAACACUUCCAAACCUUCGCAUACAGUCGACGCCCACACGGCCGAAGUUAACUGUCUCAGCUUCAAUCCCUACUCGGAGUUCAUCCUGGCCACGGGAUCCGCAGACAAAACAGUUGCCCUGUGGGAUCUUCGGAACCUGAAACUGAAACUUCAUUCCUUCGAAUCGCACAAGGACGAAAUCUUCCAGGUCCAAUGGUCCCCGCAUAACGAAACCAUUCUGGCAUCAUCCGGAACAGACCGGCGACUUCACGUCUGGGAUCUGUCCAAGAUCGGCGAAGAACAGAGCGCCGAAGACACCGAGGAUGGUCCACCGGAGCUGCUAUUCAUUCACGGCGGUCACACCGCCAAGAUCUCCGAUUUCUCGUGGAAUCCCAACGAACCGUGGGUCAUCUGUUCCGUUUCCGAGGAUAACAUCAUGCAGGUCUGGCAAAUGGCCGAGAACAUCUACAACGAUGAGGAACCGGAUGUGCCGGCCAGUGAAAUCGAAGCCGUAGCUCCCUAAGCAGGAGGGGGAGUACAUUUCGUUUUUAAAUAUACAUUUUAAUUUUAUUCAUUAACUACUAUUAACAAGUAAUCAUUAUUGAUAUUCCUUCGUUUGACAAAUUUUAUCACUCACUGUGUAAUUCCAAACAUUAGAUUGUUAGGUGCUCGUGUCUAAGGGCAAGUAAGGUGUCCAUUGUAUGAGGUUGAUCGCCGAGAGGAGCCACGAUUGGUGACGUUUUCUGAAGACUGUCCCAGCCAAUCGAUGGUCGUGAAAGUAAAUUCCGAUUCUGAGAAACGAGAAAUGAAGUAUUUUUGUCUGAAAUUAA